AUGGACCUCCGCCGAGGGCAGUUGUGCGCGCUCUUGCUGCUGUUCACCGCUCAGUGUGUAAAACCAAUUCCAACAGACGAAUCGUAUCUCCUUGAUGGAAAGCCUUCACUGGCUGCAGAAUUUCCAUGGCAUGUUGGAAUAUAUUUACAUGAAAAUGAUGGAUAUUUACAACUAUGUAGUGGAACCCUUAUAAAAAGAAAGUUGGUUCUAACUGCUGCUCACUGUCUUGGAAAAUCAAAUAAUCCUAAGGAUUACAUGAUUGUAGCAGGCAAACACCACAGAGGCUGGGAUAUAAAGGAUCCAAAAGAACAACAACUUGAAGUGGAGUCAAUUGUGAUUCAUGAUAUGUAUAGAGGACCUUCACGAAAUUAUGCAGAUGAUAUAGCUAUAAUAGUUCUGAAAAAUGAAAUAAGAAUCUCAGAUUUUGUGAGACCAGCUAGUCUAGAUCUUGAAAGUAAAUAUGAGAGAGAACAACUGUCUUCUGGGAGUUUUGGCUCUAUUGCCCACUGGGAAUACAAUGAAAGCCCAGAACCAAGUGAUGUACUGCUAAUGACCAAAUUGCCAUUUAUCGAGUUCAGCCAGUGUUACGAGCUACUUCCCCAGUCUGUAAGACCUUUAUUUGCCUCUGACAAAUUCUGUGCAGGAUUUAGAAAUGGUACUGCACUUUGUGCAGGUGAUGGCGGUGGUGGCUUGUUGUUCGAGCAGAAGGUAACAGCCACAACAAAGCAGUGGUUCAUUCAGGGAAUAGUAAGUUUAGGCCCACCAAGAGGACGGAAACCGUGUUCCGGUUACCCGGUUCUUUUCACGAGAGUGAAUAGUCAUCUGAAUUGGCUCAAGACAUACUAUGACAAAUAUUAAAAAGACAGUGACAUUAUGAAACAUGUGCUAUAAUUAUACAUGGAAGAACUUUUAUUAUUCUGGAUUCCACUUAAUGUAAAUAAGCUUGUGAGAGUUUGAUCAGGAGGGGCGGGGGUUUAAGCUAUAAUAAAGUGUCUUCCUAAAAAAUCCAAUACAUUUUUCCAGAAGGAAUUUGUAGGCUUUAUUUGCCAUUAAAAAGAGAUAUCUUAAAAAUG